GAGCGUCGCAUAAUUGAACACACCUACACACAAUGCCGAAAGCUGCACGCCCUACGUCGUCUUCCCGACAGGAGAGACGACACAAUCCAUUAAGUGAAGAAUAUUCGCCAACAGCUCCACUUAAGCAAAAGACCAGCAAGAAGCGGAAGAGUACACGUGAGGGAAACAGCCAGGAAGGAUAUGUGGACAGCAAGUCGUCGCGGCGAAUUCUCGACCUCGGUCAAGAUCUCGCAGAUGAGGACGAAGCAGAGCGACAAGCACAACGGCCUCCGGUAGCCAAUCCGGCAUUCACAUUCCGAGACGAAGAGGGCGAAGACGAGGAAGGCGGGGCAGAGAUUGGGGACUAUGACCAGGAAGAGGCAUGGGCGUCGGAGGAUGAGGAGGUCGAGGAAGUAGAGAUUGAUCCUGAAGACAACGAAACUUGGAACAGACUCAUGGGUGGUGGUGUGGAUCCAUCUAAGUUGUUCGAUGGCCCAGGCGAUGGAGAGGACGACGAUGAGGAUGGAGAGCCCAAAGGACCCGACUAUCUCUCCAAUCUCAUCCUGGAAAAGAUUGCAGCGCAUGAAGCGGCUCAGCAAGGAGGCCACGGCCAAGGACAAGAACCACAGCGAAUACAAGGCGGCGGCGCACCAGAAGAUGCAGUUGAGCUGGAUGCGAAAGUGGUGGAGGUGUAUACACAAGUCGGCCUACUGCUGUCAAGAUACAAAAGUGGCAAGCUGCCCAAACCAUUCAAAGUUCUUCCUACACUACCACAGUGGGACAUCCUUCUGGACAUCACACGGCCUGACAGCUGGACACCGAACGCCGUAUACGAAGCAACAAGGAUAUUCACAUCCUCUAGGCCAGCAGUCGCCCAGGCAUUCUGCCAGGAUAUCCUAUUACCGAGAGUACGAGAAGACAUCCGCGAGACGAGGGAAUUGAAUGUACACCUGCACAAAGCCAUGAAAAAGGCACUGUACAAGCCCGCGGCCUUCUUCCGAGGACUGCUAUUUCCCCUGGUCGGUUCCGGGACAUGCACGCUACGAGAGGCUCGCAUUAUCGCAUCAGUCCUUUCGCGUGUUUCGAUACCAGUGCUGCACUCCGCGACAGCUCUUUAUCGACUAUGCGAAAUUGCUGCUGAUCAGAUGAUGCAUGACGUCGAAUCAGCCGGCGCAUGCAACAUCUUCAUUCGCACACUUUUGGAGAAGAAGUACGCGCUGCCGUACCGCGUGGUCGAUGCACUUGUCUUUCACUUCCUACGUUUCCGACAGAUGCAGGAUCAAGGAGGAGAUGAUGUGAGCAUGGAAGGAACGAUGCAAGGCUUUCCUGGGAAGAAAGGCGCAGGAGAUCCAAAGCUCCCCGUAUUGUGGCAUCAGUCUUUGCUUGCUUUCGCACAACGCUACAAGAACGAGAUCACAGAAGAUCAGCGAGAAGCUCUGCUCGACCUGCUGUUGGUAAGAGGCCACAAGCAGAUCGGUCCUGAAGUUAGGAGGGAGCUGCUUGAGGGCAGAGGGCGAGGCGUGGUGGCUGACGAGACAAUGGCUGACGGAGGCGACGAUACCAUGAUGGACGCUUAAGAAAUGUCUAGAUUCUGAGGGGAAGCAUAGACAUAUUUACUUCAAUCGGCAGACUGCCAAUGAGACGCUCGAAAGAGCAAGUUU